AUGAGCUACCCCGAUGGUUCCCCUCCCCAUGCUGCGGAGGGCCUGCUGCUAGGCGGGACGACGGCCAAUUCCGUGUCUGGAAUACCCACAGAAAUCGAUGCUUCCCCUCCACAUUCAGCCCCGUCGUCGAACCUCUCCGUCGCCAAACCACCCCCCCGCCGGAAACACUACACCAUCGGUGGCGGCAAGCAGAUCACACGGACCCGCGUCAGCUACUCGUGUCAUACCUGCCGCAGGCGUAAGGUCAAGUGCGACAAGACACAUCCCGUCUGCGGAAACUGUCUGAAAAAUGGUUCAGAGUGCAUUUACGAUUCGAGAUCGUUAUUGCAUCAGAACCGCCCGUCUCACGAGCCCCAGAAUCGAGUGAAACGUCGCCGAGAAGCGCCCACAUCCAGCGAGGCAUCCCUGGCAGACAUCCUCUCCCCAUACACCGGACUUCAGGGCUCCCAUGGCAAGGGAGACCAGAAAUCGGGAUCCGAAGAGAUUGCAGUGCGACUUGAUCGACUGACGUGCAUGAUUGAACGGCUGAGUCGGACCAAUGGUUCCCUUACCCCGCAGGAAAGUGAGCCUCUAUUUCAGGGCGUGCGAUCACUGUAUGAAGCGUCAGAGCAGGCAUCGCCCGAGGUUCGCCAAUUUCAAAGGAUACCAUCGAGCACAUCGUCUCGGUCACUAUCACGGCAGUCCAGUCCCAGGCGGCCCGCAGAAAAUGGCAGCAAUGAGGAUUUCCCUAUUCCUGCCGGCUUGUCGACUGACCUAGUGGAUCCCGUCGGUGCAUUGAACUUGGGCCACUUAAGUUUAGAGGAUGGAGGCAAAUCUCGUUAUGUUGGCACUACGUACUGGGCGUACAUAUCCGACGAGAUAAACGAACUGAAUCAAUUACUACGUGAUCAAAGUAGAACGCAGCAGCAACCGUUGGCAUCCCCCGAGUCACUUCACGACAUAGGAAGCGAUCAUACCCCGCCAUUAUCUGCACACUAUGAUGCUGAGAGUGGCCACAGAAGGAUGCGCUCCAAGGACGAGCCCCGAGAAUUAUUCUCAAGAGAUGAUUCACCUCUCUCCUCCGACCGACCUAUCGAAACUGAUAUGCUGGAGCAUGUGCCAACUAGGUGGCAAAGCAACAUUCUGUACAAGGGAUUCAUGUCCGGCAUCCAUGCCAUCAGCCCGGUUGUCCACCCUCCAACUGUUUUGGCUCUAUACCAAGCUUUCUGGGAAUGGUACGGAAACCGCGGUCUGACCAGAAAUUCAUUCCCUGACCCUUCCUUUAUCCCACUUCUGUAUGCAAUUUGGUACGGCGGUUCAGUGACCAUUUCUCUCCGGACAAUACACUCCGAGUUUGACGUCGAAAACCGUGCGGACUUGUCGGAACGCUUCCAUGAUGAAGUUACCCGAUGGUUAAAGAAAGUUUCCUUUCCCAGAAGCUCGACCCUUCAUGGAUUGGCAGCAUUCUUGCUUGUCCAGACUAUCCUCUCCAAGGAAGAGGAGCCUCUAACGAGUAGUUUGUUCAUAAGCUUAGCUCUACGCGUCGCCCAGACCAUGGGUCUUCACCGGGAUCCGGCCCAAUUUGGCAUUCCGCCCUGUGAAGCAGAAAACCGACGGAGGUUAUGGUGGCACAUUGUCCAUAUGGAUGGCGUUGUUGCUAUGUCCAGUGGAUUGCCGCCUUUGGUCAGCGAUGAGAAUUAUUGGGAUGUACGCAUCACCAGCGACGUCAAGGAUACUUUGCUCGGCACCCCGGAAGCAGUCGAGUACGAGCGCGCGGUCAAUGAGAGUCGCAGAAAGCCCGAUCGGCCAAACAAUCCCGAUAUAUGCGGAAACUCACUUGUGAAUGUCUACUACAUCUGUGCGAAAGGGAAGUACGUCAUGGCACGUGCUAUUCGUAAGGUCCUUAGAAUCCAACUUGGCACGAAGCCUGUCACUCGCCAGGACAUGGAGGAUUUACGAUCCAUCCUGAUGGACCUUCAAGCAAAGCUUCAUGCCCUUGUCGACAGAAUACCUAUUCCGAAAACCGAUGCUAGCAGGACAAGUUUGGCAUAUUCAACGUCGCCAAUUGGCUCCACGUCCAUCAAACCGGAUUUGCCCAACGGCGGGCCUGGGUGCCAUGAACAAUACCAUACUUCAGUCUUGGCCGCUUUUCAUAAUGCUCUUCGCCACUGCCACGGGUUUAUGGAGAAAUUCAUAUCGCUUGCCACUGAUCCUGACUUUCAACCGUUCCAAUGGAGCUGGCCCGGAAAUCAUCAGCCUAUGCAUGCAACGAUGAUAAUGCUUAUCGACCUUUAUGAGCGCCCAAAUACCCCAGAGGCACCAAUUUCGCGCGCGUUCAUUGAUAAAAUAUUCUCUCUAUCCGGGCCCGACGGUGGUGUUGUUGGAGGCGAAGAUGGAAUCUCCACCGCAAGACCACUAAAAGAUGGCGGCCGUGAAGCGUGGGAUAUGAUGCGUCGACUUCGUGAAAAGGCCUGGCAAAAGGCAGGCCUCAAUCCCAAAGUAUUCUGGACCGAGCAAGCUCAAGUUCAGGCUGGUGUUUCACGGGAUUUCACCGCAACGACCUUUUCAACACAGCCGCGGCCUGUUUCAUCUGGCACCAAAGAACAGACCUCAUCGCCUACCAACUUCGCUGAUAGUUACUACGCAAUGAUCAAUCACUCGUACGAAAAUCAUCAACCCUUACAGAGGCUAUCCAUGGAAAGGGAUAGGCCAAGGGAGUCGUUAAAUAUUGGAACCUCUCGAGGUGACAAUGCCCCGCAACAAGUACCUGCUCUUUGGCCGACAACUGGACCCGGACCGAAUGCGACUCCCCAACUAUCCGCGGAUGCACCCUUGUGGCCUUCAGCGCAACCACUAUCUGAGCCAACUGCUUUCAACCCGGGGUACGGCGAGCUCCAAGCUGGUGGAUCUGGUGAGAAGGUCGGAUUUUCUGACUCUCCAAAUGAUCACAGCCACCACCAUCACAGCACCCACCAGGUCCAAAAGCUGUCUUCUGCUGAUAGUCAAAAUGCCCAUCGUCCUCGCCCCAAUCAGGCCAUGGGACCACUUUUCGCACCGGGCGUUGCCGGACAAAUAGGAAAUCAACCCUUCGAUCCGAACGUCAAUUUUGACUGGGACCAAUGGGAUGCAGUCUUUGGACAGUAUCUACCCGUGGUAGAUGGUUUCAUGGACCUUGAUGUUGAGGACAAUAGGGCCCAGAGGCAUGGCGAAGUGCCGUUGAGUCGUUUACCCGUGAUGAGCGGGGAGCCAGGCCUGGAAGGCUGCACUCAAUCUGGAGGAGAUAUGAGAAACUGGGCAGAUUUCGGAUGA